AGAAGUGGAGCUAGCCGUGGAAUGCCAAUCGCUAGUGCAUCCCCAUCAACAUUAUAGGGUAGCUCCAAACAUGGGGAAUGCGAAAGUAUCCUUGCCACCCCACGCCGCAAGUCGAACCCUGUUUGCGGCUACCUUGGGGGCUGUGGCCAGGGGUUAUGAGACCCCUGCAGCACGUGGUGGCUAACGAGCAAACGCUGAACCGCCAAACUUUUUGUCCUAUUUUGGGGCUGCACCGGAGCCUGCGCUACCCGACCACGCCUCCUCACGAUGGGGGCUCUGCAGCCACAACUGGUAUGGAACGGUAGCCGACCCCAGUAUCAUCUCGGACUUCGGCAGUCGUGGUGUGGAGGAAGAGAAGCAGCGGCGGGGAUAUAAAGGCGACUGUUUCCGCCUUGUCUGACUGUUGUGAGCUGGACAUCAUCACUCAGCAACAGCCUUACUUGCAGUAAUAACAAACAAGCCACUCAAAUAUCCCUGUUGGGCAAUAACUGCACUUUUCAGAACACAUCUCUCCACACAACAAAACCAGCACGCAAACAUGUUCUCUCUGUGCAAGGUCCUCGUCGCCUCGACGCUGGCUCUGCAGGCGGCAGCCAAGACUAUCCAGAUCGACGUCGGCAAGAACGGCCUCCGCUUCAGCCCCAACGUAACCGAGGCGGCCAAAGGCGACGUCCUCGAGUUCCACUUCUUCGCCGUCAACCACAGCGUCGUCGAGGGCCGCUUCGACGCCCCUUGCCGGCCGGCGCGGGAGUCCGCCAUCUUCUCGGGCUUCACGGGCCCCAUCCAGGCCGGCCAGGAGGGCCCCAACGUGUUCCAGGUCACGGUCAACGACACCAAGCCCCUCGUCUUCUACUGCUCGCAGAACACGGGCUUUCACUGCGCCAGGGGCAUGUACGCCGUGGUCAACCCGGGCCCGGCGCCGCAGAGCAUCGAGGGCUACGGCGCCGGCAUCCGCGGUAACCUCACCGCCGUCUCGCCGCCCGGCGGGCCCCGCGGCGGCGUCCUCAGCGCGAGGGCCGGCAACGGCACCGUCUCGACCACGGCCAGUACGCCGGCGCCCACCGACGGCAGCAACCCCACCUCCUCCUCCUCCGGCGCCGGCGCCGGCGCGACGACCACCCCCACUGGCAGCACCCCGCAGACCACCUCGAGGCCCGGCGCCGGCGCGAGCUUCCAGGCCCCGGUCGGCGGUAUGCUAGGCGCCGUGCUGGCGGCGGCGCUGAUGCUGUAAAUGGCUCAGUGGGAGCGCCAAGGAAGGAGUCGAGUAGUCGGUGUCCUGUGCCCAAUUAGGGCAGUGUUCGGGCCAAAGGAAGUGCGUCAGACCCCUCGGAAAACACGAAAAAUAAGGCUAGUGACUGCAUGGAAAACGCGGCGUUUGGGUCGGGCUGGCUGGUUAAUUUUAAUAGUUGCCCUCUGUUUUGGGGCGUUGGUGUUAGUGUCGUUACUAGAACAAAUAUUAGCGCGCGGUUUGCCAGCGCAAAUUACAACAAUCUUGUCCACGUUUGUGCUUCUCGCCUUGUCUCAAUUGAUGUCGUCAUGGCGA